GCAGAUGUGUCAAAUGCUGGAUUAUUAUUAAGACUGUUCCUUCUGUCAAACAAAACAAAACUCGCAAUGGAUAGCGUGAGUUUAAACACGGAUAACGACGUGCUGAAAGACAAAAACAGGAGUUACAACACAUUGAAUACUCUCUAUCAUGAGACGCGGCAGGAGAUCGACCUUCUCAACAAACAGAUGUUCAUGAAGGACAACACCAUAACAGAUUUGAAACUGAGGCUGGGGAGAUACGAGAGGACCCACAUGAAUAUAGGAGACAACGAGUCGGUGGUCAUCGGGCCGUCCAAGUCCUUGUUGGAGAGUUUAUGUAAAGAGAUAUGCAAACUGAAACAGAAGAGGAACGACAUAGAGUUCAAGGCGUCCAGACAAGCAGAGGAGAUGCAGAGGCUGAAUGCGCAGCUCAGAGAGAAGGAGCUAGAGCUGGAGGCCAUCAGGUGUCAGCCAGACCACGAGAAGGACCAGGAGAUCCAGAAGCUGCGGUUAGCUCUGGAGGAUAGGGAGCGCUCGGAGGCCACCAGGGCUGUGCUCUGCAGCUCUCUGGUGGAGGAGGCUGACCAGCUGCGCGGCCAACUAGGCACGACCGUGAAGGUGUGCCAGGAGCUGCUGGCCAGGCUGGAGAGAGAGAAGAAAGGAGGAGGAGAGGUGGAGGAGAUGGCUCACCAGCAAAAGGCAAAGGAGUUGACAGACUUUUCUGACAGGACUGAUGUUAAUGUUCAUAUUCGGCAACUUCAGGAGGAGAAUCAGCAGCUAAAGCAGCGAGUCGCAUAUGUACAAGGUCUGAACUCUCAGUGGCAGAAGUAUGAUUCCAGCAGGGAGGAUUAUAUCAGAGGCUUGUGUCAGAGGCUGAAGGAGACCACUGGGCAGGGCAUGAUUCCUGGGCUGGGCUCUGUCAACACUGGGUUGCUUCAUCAGGAGAUUUCCAGGCUCAACGCCUUAUUGGAGGACAAAAUGAGCGAGUGUGUUAGGCUGGGAAGAGAUGUGGAGGAUACAAGGAGACGUGACCAAGAGCGCAUCCAGACACUGGAGCAGCAGGUUCUCAUUUACACAGAGGACUUCAAGUCAGAGCGUGCCGACAGAGAGCGAGCACAGAGCCAGAUCCAAGACCUGAAAGAUCAGGUUCAUCAGUUGAAGCAGCAGCUACACAAACAGCAGGGAGCAAGUCGAGAGAACAGAGAGUUGGUUCCCAUGUGUCGUGUGCACAUCGGACACAGGAUCUCCUCGAGGCGACACAAGGACUCUGCGGAGCAUGCACUGAGGACAAAUGCUGAGACACAGCAGCAGCCUGCAGCUGCAGCAGCAUCGCCACCAAACCCUGGUUGGAACGAAUACCCAGGUCUAUCAGAGUUACAGUGUCCACGCUGCCUCACCAAGUUCAACGACAUGGAUGCAGCAGAGUACCUGAACCAUUGUGAAGAGUGUGCCAAACUAUAAGUGGAACAACACUCAUUUGGAAAAGACACUUAUCUCUUGCUGACAGUUACUGAACACUGAAGAGCAGCACUACAUGGCAGAAAAUAACCUGAGUGGAGUUUCCAAUUCGGAAAGGCUUGACUACAAAUGAAACGAGUGAUUUUAAAUGUUUUGUGCGUAGUGAAGCAAAACUGUACAAACCAGAGUUCCCCUGUCACAAGAGAAAUUUGUUCAUCAAGUCUUUUUAAGCCUGCAUGUAGUUUUUAAAAAAUUCAGGUUUUAGGUGUUCUCCUGUGGGUGGGCGGGGGAUUAUUGUGGUAGGGAAGUGAAUUUAUCAAAUAUCAUAUACCUCAACAUGUCAAAUUACAAAUCUGUUGCACUUUCUUGACAUUUAACCAAAAAAUAAUAAUCGUUGGACUGUACGAUUAAGAGAUUUGUGAUAAAUAAGCUUCUAAUUUUAGAUGUAGUCGAUAAUGUGGUGCUAUAAGUUGUUUAUUUUUAAUAGAACUUUACAUAUUUGUUUUCUAAAUUAUAUAUUCUUAAUAACAGAUUGAAAAUGUAUAACUAUUAUAUUUAUAUUUAUUCUCUGAGCAUAAAUAAUUGGAGAAGGCAAAUCAAUCUAGUG